AUGACGCGGAGCGCGGUGUUGCUGCUGUGCGCUUGGCUCCACGCAGCUAUAGCGGCCAUAGCCGCUCAAUCCAUCACUAGAGACAUCAAUGAUUCACUUCUGUUGAUCGUAGGGGACGUGACGUCCUCGUCAGCGCGUAUCCUGUACGACCAAGUGCCUUUGUCAGCCACGAAACUCAGCGUCCAUGUCUACGAUACCAUGGCGACGACACAGAGCGAUCUAGCUGGAUCUGCAGCGAUUAAGACGCUUGAUUUACUUUCAAUAGAGACCGAAACACGCCCACGCGUGGUUGUGCUGCAAGAUCUGGAGCCGGGACGCAGAUACGUGGUGCAAUUAUCAGUGGACGAGCCGAAACAGGUUGCGACGAUCAUGUUCCACACAGCACGAGCACAGAGCGACGGAAACAUUUGGACGGACCGAAUGGUCGUUGUCUCCUGCGAUCGCUUUGUGGACGACCACGACGACGUGUUAAUGGAACGUAUCGCGAGUGACAUUGAAGCGCACGAUGACGCCUUAGGAUCGUCGUCGGUGCACUUUGGAACGGCUCACAUUGGCGAUCAGAUAUAUGCAGAUGCUGGAGAGCUCAGUAUUGAGAUAGCACCAUUCUCACUGAAGGACAUGGCAGAUAGGAAGAAACGUGGUGCGAGAUAUGACGCACUCCUAGAGGAGUUCCGAUUUAUAUACAGGAAAACGUUCGGGAGGAAAGCAGCGCAGCGUAUGCUGCGUGUCGGAGCGCAUUGGAUGCUUCCUGACGACCACGAGAUCAUCAAUAACUUCAACGUAGAGCUCAUUCGGAAAGCUUUUCAAGACCUGAAGAACCCAACGUUUCGUGAAAGUGAACGUGAGCGGCUUGUGGCGCUCCAGUUGCAUUGUCGAGCUGGACUGCAAGCGUAUUAUGAAUUCCAAUACCAACUGUACCGCGACAUUCCUUGGGACACUGUAGACUUUCUUGAAGGUGCACUGGGUGACAUUAUUCGUACGUAUCCAGUAUACUUUGCGGUGGAGCUGCAGCAACUUAAACUGCUGUUCCUUGACGUGCGCUUUGAGCGCAGCUUCUUCGACCUGGAGGACGAUCAACCAAAGCUAGUUAGCGAUGAACAGAGACGAUUUCUAGAUGGAAAACUGCAAUCCUGGAGUGAUAACGACAACACCGCAGUUGUGUUUUCCAGCAUGCCACUUUUCUUCCAGUCAGCGUUCUCGGCGGCGAUAGCUCACAUCGUUGAGCACGAGACGUACCCAGGCAUGGCAGCGCAGCGAUCUGGGUUAGAGGGCCUUUAUCAGAUAUUCCAGACAUAUAACCAACCGACGGCGUCACCUCUGAUACGCCUUCUAGUUGGUGGCGACCUGCACAUGUUGGCUCACUCACGAGUGUGCGGGACAGAGGGAACUAACUCUACCUGCUUGGAUCAGCUGAUCACAAGUGGAGUCACGAACGGCUCGACGUCGAUUCAAGACGCUAAAUUGAUCCCGUACUACUAUUUGAUCACACAGCUUACGCCAGUAUUCGAGAUAGUAAGCUCCUGGGCGCGGUAUAUCCCCUUGCUGUCGUCACUUCUACCACGCAGCUCACCAUGGCAUAUCGAGUACGAUCGCGUGUUUUUGGGAAGGAAUUAUGGGUAA